AUGCUGCGCUCGCGCGUCUUCGUGAUCGGGCUCGGAAUGACGAAGUUCACCAAGCCCGGCAGUUCGGGAAUGGACUACCCGGAAUUGGUGAAGGAAGCCGUCACUGAGGCCUUGAGUGACGCCAGGUUGCAAUAUAAAGACAUCCAACAAGCUACCGUAUCCUAUCUGUUCGGAGGUACCUGUUGUGGCCAGCGAGCUCUUUACGAAUUUGGGCUGACCGGCAUACCGAUUUUUAAUAUCAACAACGCUUGCGCCUCGGGGUCAUCUGGCGUGUUUUUGUGCAAGCAAAUUUUAGAGUCCGGGAAUGCCGAUGUCGUCAUGGCGGUCGGCUUUGAGAAGAUGGCCACCGGGUCGUUGGAUAAAAUGCGGAAGGCUCAGAAACUUGACGACCGGGCAACUUCUCAUGAUCACUACAUCGAGGUGAUGGCAGACACGUAUGGCCUAACCACAGCCCCGAUAACCGCUCAAAUGUUUGGAAAUGCGGGUCGGGAACAUAUGGAGAAAUAUGGAACAAAACGCGAGCACUUUGCCAAAAUUGCCUGGAAGAAUCAUCUGCACUCCGUCCACAACCCAAAAUCACAAUUUACGAAGGAGUUCUCGCUUGAUGAGGUGCUGAAUUCACGCAAAAUCCACGACUUUAUGGGAUUGCUGGAGUGUAGCCCAACGUCGGAUGGAGCAGCUGCCGUUGUGCUGUGCUCCGAGAAAUUCCUCGCCAAAAAUCAGCGCCUCAAGGCGCAGGCUGUCGAGAUCGCAGGGAUGAAGCUCGGCACCGAUCAACCCUCCGUUUUUGCCGAAAAAUCGAACAUAAAAAUGGUUGGCUUUGACAUGAUGCAUAAAUUGGCUGGGGAGCUGUAUAAAGAAACGAAGAUCGGCCCAGAUGAUGUUCAGGUCAUCGAACUGCACGAUUGCUUCGCGCCAAACGAGUUGUUGGCCUAUGAGGCGCUGCGGUUAUGCCCAAUCGGUAAAGGAGGCGAAAUUGUCGAUCGAGCUGACAACACCUACGGUGGAAAAUGGGUGAUCAACCCGAGUGGAGGCCUGAUUUCUAAAGGACAUCCGAUUGGAGCGACAGGGGUUGCCCAAGUAGUCGAGCUUUCUAACCAACUUCGAGGGCGAUGUGGGAAGCGUCAGGUUUCGAACGUCCGACAUGCAUUGCAGCAUAAUAUUGGAAUCGGCGGCGCCGGCGUGGUGGCCAUUUACAAACUGGCGGAAGAACGGGCAAAAGCGAAAAUU